GAAAGCCAGAAGCCGCUGCGCUUUAGCCCUGCCAAACGAGCACAAAGUUCUUUUCUGUUCUUCAACUUCUUUUACUUCUGCUGGCGACCCUCGGUCCUAGGCUACUCUAUCGGCUUGCUUAUUCAAACUUCUUCGAUGUUUCUCUCUCACUGAGCAAACUCGGCUUCACUCUCAUCAGACUCCUUUUGGAGAAUCUGUCCGGACGAGAGGAUGGAUUCUUCUGGGACGACGCUCAUGGAUCUCAUCACGGCAGACCCAUCGCCGAUGCCUUCCACCUCCUCCACUGCGUCAGCCACCAGUCCCAAAAUCAAUUUUGCGGCGGCUCCUCCUUCUACACUCGGCAAACCGGCAGCACCAACAGAUCGAAAGCCGAAGAAAAGCACCUUUAUGCAGAUCCAAUCCGAGACCAUUUCUGUCGCCAAAGCUUUGAAUCCCGUCAGAACCAACAUUAUGCCCCAGAAACAAAAGAAAAAGCCGGUUUCAUAUUCACAACUUGCUAGGAGCAUUCAUGAGCUUGCUGCAACAUCUGAUCAGAAAAGCUCCCAGAAGCAGUUAAUUCAUCAUGUUUUCCCGAAGCUUGCAGUUUAUAAUUCGGUUGAUCCUUCUUUGGCACCGUCUCUUCUCAUGCUCAAUCAGCAAUGCGAGGAUAGGAGUAUUUUACGCUAUGUUUACUACUAUUUAGCCAGGAUUCUAUCGGACAAUGGCUCUCAAGGUUUAAGUGCAGCUGGUGGGAUCCCCACACCAAAUUGGGAUGCUCUUGCUGACAUUGAUGCUAUUGGAGGAGUGACUAGAGCAGAUGUUGUACCUCGAAUUGUUAAUCAGCUUACUGCAGAGGCUUCAAAUGUUGAUGUUGAAUUUCAUGCACGGAGACUUGCUGCUUUGAAGGCUCUUACCUAUGCUCCAUCAAGCAAUAAUGAAAUUUUGGCCAAGUUAUAUGAAAUUGUAUUUGGCAUUCUUGAUAAGGUAGCUGAUACAAAACAAAAACGCAAGAAAGGCAUGCUUAGUAGCAAGGGUGGAGAUAAGGAGUUUAUUAUUCGAAGCAAUUUGCAAUAUGCUGCCCUUAGUGCUUUGAGAAAACUUCCUUUAGAUCCAGGGAAUCCAGUAUUCCUCCAUCGUUCUGUUCAGGGGGUGUCAUUUUCUGAUCCAGUUGCUGUGAGGCAUUCUCUUGAAAUUAUUUCUGAGUUAGCUACCAGAGAUCCUUAUUCUGUUGCAAUGGCAUUGGGAAAACUUGUCCUCCCAGGAGGGGCUCUACAGGAUGUUCUCCAUUUGCAUGAUGUUCUUGCUAGAGUUGCUCUUGCAAGACUUUGUCAUACAAUAUCUAGGGCUCGUGCAUUAGAUGAAAGACCUGAUAUUAAAGCUCAGUUUACAUCUGUACUCUAUCAACUUCUUCUGGAUCCUAGUGAAAGGGUUUGUUUUGAGGCAAUUCUGUGUGUAUUAGGCAAAUUUGAUAGUGCAGAGAGGACUGAAGAACGAGCUGCUGGGUGGUAUCGGUUAACCAGAGAAAUUCUCAAGUUGCCAGAGGCACCAUCUGCAUCAUCAAAGGAAAUUAAUGUUGAGUCUAAAGAUGGCCUUCCACCAAAGCCUUCCAAAGAUAAAUCUCAAAAAUCAAGGCGUCCUCAGCCUCUUAUCAAACUUGUGAUGAGAAGGUUGGAGAGUUCUUUCCGGAGUUUCUCCAGGCCUGUACUUCAUGCAGCAGCCAGAGUUGUGCAGGAGAUGGGAAAGAGUCGUGCUGCAGCGUUUGCAUUAGGUGUACAGGAUAUUGAUGAAGGAGCUCAUCUUAAUACAUAUUCUGAAGCGAUUGAUGCAGUGGAACCAGAUCUCAGUGAAAGUUCACAAUCUGAGGCUAACAGAAAGGCUUCUUCAGUAUCUAAUAGAAGCAAUGGCAAGGAUACCAUUGCAAGCCUAUUGGCUUCUCUAAUGGAAGUAGUGCGAACAACUGUAGCAUGUGAAUGUGUUUAUGUUCGAGCAAUGGUCAUUAAGGCUUUGAUUUGGAUGCAAAGUCCACAUGAAUCAUUUGAAGAACUAGAAUCCAUUAUUGCAUCUGAGCUCUCUGAUCCAGCUUGGCCGUCGGCAAUGUUGAAUGACAUCUUACUUACAUUGCAUGCAAGGUUUAAGGCUACUCCAGAUAUGGCUGUCACUCUUCUUGAAAUUGCAAGAAUUUUUGCUACUAAAGUUCCAGGAAAGAUUGAUGCUGAUGUUCUGCAGCUGCUAUGGAAAACAUGCCUUGUUGGGGCUGGGCCAGGUGGCAAGCAUACAGCUUUGGAAGCAGUCACAAUAGUUCUUGAUUUGCCACCACCGCAGCCUGGUUCAAUGUCAGGACUUACUUCCGUAGAUGGUGUAUCUGCAUCUGAUCCAAAAUCAGCUCUGGCAUUACAGAGAUUAGUGCAAGCAGCGGUAUGGUUCCUUGGAGAAAAUGCAAAUUAUGCUGCAUCUGAAUAUGCUUGGGAAUCUGCAACCCCUCCUGGUACUGCAUUAAUGAUGUUAGAUGCAGACAAAAUGGUGGCUGCUGCUAGUUCUCGGAAUCCCACCUUAGCAGGUGCAUUAACUCGGCUCCAGAGGUGUGCUUUUAGUGGGAGCUGGGAGGUUCGCAUUAUUGCUGCUCAAGCUUUAAUAACCAUGGCAAUCAGGUCUGGUGAGCCUUUUAGGCUACAGAUUUAUGAAUUCUUACAUGCUUUAUCAUUAGGUGGAGUGCAGUCUCAAUUCUCAGAUAUGCAUCUUAGUAAUGGAGAAGAUCAAGGGGCUAGUGGUACUGGCCUUGGAUCCUUGAUAAGUCCCAUGUUGAAGGUUCUUGAUGAAAUGUACAUGGGACAAGAUGACCUCAUCAAAGAAAUACGGAAUCAUGAUAAUGCAAAAAAGGAGUGGUCAGAUGAGGAGCUUAAGAAAUUAUAUGAGACCCAUGAGAAACUUCUUGAUCAAGUUUCAUUGUUUUGUUACGUACCAAGAGCAAAAUAUCUACCCUUGGGGCCAAUAAGCGCAAAACUCAUAGACAUUUAUCGCACCCAGCACAUAAGUGCAUCAACUGGUCUGAAUGAUCCAGCUGUUGCUACAGGGAUUUCUGACCUUGUCUAUGAGUCUAAAGCAACGCCUGCUGAGCCUGAUACACUUGAUGAUGACCUGGUAAAUGCAUGGGCUGCAAGCCUAGGUGAUGAUAGCUUGUGGGGAAAUAAUGCAACAGCAAUGAACAGGGUUAAUGAAUUUCUUGCCGGUGCGGGAACUGAUGCUCCAGAUGUUGGCGAGGAGAACAUUGUCUCUAGACCUUCAGUUGGUUAUGAUGAUAUGUGGGCAAAGACACUUUUAGAAGCUUCAGAACCCGAGGAAGAUGAUGCAAGGUCAUCUGGAACAUCUUCUCCUGAGUCAACAGGAUCAGUUGAGACUUCCAUAUCAUCCCAUUUUGGUGGGAUGAGCUACCCAUCAUUGUUCAGUUCACGACCAUCUGGCUAUGGGGCUUCAAAAACCUCGGAGAAAUUAUCAGCACCAGCUGCCAGCAGAUUUAGUGGUCCCUCUGUUGGUUCUGCAUCAAAAUCCGAGGGUCUUGGUUCUCCGGCUAGAGAAGACCCUCCAUCAUAUUCAGCAUCUGUUACGCAGAGAUAUGAGUCAUUUGAGAACUCACUAGCUGGGCAUGGCACGCAAAGUUUUGGAUCACAAGAUGAUGAACCAAGUUCUUCCGAAAAUCCACAGUUUGGAAAAGCACUUUAUGACUUCACUGCUGGUGGUGAUGAUGAGCUCAACCUGACAGCAGGAGAGGAAGUUGAAAUAGAAUACGAGGUGGAUGGAUGGUUCUAUGUCAAGAAGAAACGCCCUGGAAGGGAUGGAAAAAUGGCUGGUUUGGUACCUGUCCUCUAUGUUAGUCAAUCUUGAUAUAAUGGGAAUUAUCUUUACAAAGGUUUUACUGUCUCCUGUCUACAUUUUAUUUGGUCAUCUUCUCCCUCUUCUCAUACCUUGUGAGUGACAUUCAAAACCUUCAAUUAUUUAUUUAUUUUUUUUUUUCUGUGAGAGUUCAACCCUACAAUUAUGAGUUCUUUAUACUCUACAACUUUCCAGCUAUUGUUUUUUCUUCCCCCGUAAGCUAAACUUUUCCUCAUUAGUAGGCAAUAGUAGUGAGAGCUUGAGAGCUUGAAUUUGACAUUGCAUUUCUCAUCUUUAAUUUCUCUUCUCCCUUUGAUUCACAAAGGUCGUCACUUCCUUUUUUUUUUUCUCUCCAUUAGCACCCCCUCCCUCUUUUAUAGAAUUAUCUAGUGCUUGCACCUUUUUUGGUUAUGGUUCUUAUUUGUAGGCAAAUUUCCUCUCAGCUUUUUCUUUUUGUGUAUUCAAUCUGUUUGUCUUUGCAAUUAAUUUGCUGGCGUACUCUCACAAUUGUAACUUCAUACUUUUUAAAUGAGCAAUCAGUGUAGAAGCUUGAUAUUUCCCCAGCAAUGGUGAUGGUUUUUUGUAUUCAAUGGAAUCAAUUAAUAUGUUUC